AUGAUGCACGGAUACAGAGCGACUCCAGUCUCCAACAGCACUCUGUCUUUCUGUGGUACUGAUAACUCAUCUGCCUAUAAGGUGGAUAACGGGCUUCUGAAUAACGGCUGUUUCCUGGACGCACUGGGGCUUGUGCCACACGUCUUCCUUUUCUUCAGCACUUUUCCCAUCCUCUUCAUCGGUUGGGGCAGCCAGAGCUCUAAGGUUCAUAUCCAUCACAGCACAUGGCUGCACUUUCCUGGCCAUAACCUGCGCUGGUUGCUCACAGCCGCUCUGUUGUUUGUGCUGGUGUGUGAGGUCGCUGAGGGGAUUGUCUCAGAUGGGUUUAACCAGUCCCGCCACCUCCAUCUUUAUAUGCCUGCUGGAUUGGGUAUUCUGGCAGCUAUAACCUCUAUAGUCUACUACCACAACAUAGAGACCUCCAACUUUCCCAAACUUCUGUUAGCUCUGCUCAUCUACUGGAUUUUGGCCUUUGUGACCAAAACUAUCAAGUUCACUAAAUACGAUGAACACGGAAUCGGCCUGGGGCAGCUGCGCUUCUGCAUCACAGGCUUGCUGGCUUUAAUCUACGGCCUGCUGCUGACCGUGGAGAUCAGUGUAAUACUGCGCAGGCGCUACAUAUUCUUCCCACACCCGACUGAGGUGAAGCCUCCUGAGGACCUGCAGGACCUUGGUGUGCGUUUCCUUCAGCCUUUCGUCAACCUGUUGUCCAAGAGCACAUACUGGUGGAUGAACACAUUCAUCACUUCAGCCCACAAACAGCCCAUCUACCUGAAAACCAUCGGGAAGCUACCCAUAGCUAUGAGAGCGCUCACCAACUACCAGAAGCUACGUAAGGCCUUCAAUGCACAGAAGGAGCGAGGCAUGAUCCCUGCACGAGGCCCACGGUUGAUAUGGUACGCUCUGAGGCAGGGAUUUGGAGGCCCUCUGCUCCUCAGCAUCACUCACCGCUUCGUGGCAGACCUACUGGGCUUCACCGGGCCACUCUGCAUCUCCGGCAUCGUCCACCACAUCAGCAGUGAUAAUCACACCAUCAAACCACCGGUCAAGCUGCUAGGCAUCCAGUUCAUUUCCUCUCAGGCUUUUUUAGCGAACGCCUAUGUGUUGGCAGUACUGCUUUUCCUAGCUCUGCUCCUUCAGAGGACAUUCCUGCAGGCUUCCUACUACGCCGCCAUAGAGACUGGCAUUAAAAUCAGGGGAGCCAUCCAGUGUAAGAUCUACAAUAAGAUCAUGCGCCUGAGUACCUCCAACAUGUCCAUGGGAGACAUGACCAUCUCUCAGAUCUGUAAUCUGGUGGCCAGAGACACAGAGCAGCUCAUGUGGUUCUUCUUUCUUUGUCCCAACCUGUGUGCCAUGCCAGUGCAGAUCACUAUUGGCGUGAUCCUGCUGUACUACUUUUUGGGGAUCAGUGCUCUGAUUGGAGCUGCAGUGAUCGCUGUUCUUGCCCCGAUGCAAUACUUUGUCGCCACACAGCUUUCACGAACGCAGAAAAGCACACUGGAGUACUCCAGUGAGAGACUGAAGAAGACUAAUGAGAUGUUGAGGGGCAUCAAGCUGCUGAAAUUAUAUGCCUGGGAGCACAUCUUUAGAUCCAGUGUGGAGGAGACGAGAAAAAAAGAGCUGACCAGCCUUCGAGCAUUCGCCCUCUACACAUCCCUCUCCAUUUUCAUUAACGCAGCCAUUCCAAUCGCAGCAGUUCUUACAACGUUUGUAGUACAUGCCUACGUACACAGCUCUACAGACACUGCUCUCUCUCCUGCUGUGGCAUUUGCUUCUCUCUCACUCUUCCACAUCUUGGUCACGCCCCUCUUCCUGCUUUCUAGUGUACUACACUCAACUGUUAAAGCACUUGUAAGUGUGCAGAAACUUAGCGAGUUCUUUGCUAGUGAGGAGAUUGAACUUGAUCAAGAACCCAAAACCCCCACGCCAACCGAUACAAACAACCACAGUAACAUAAAGUCAGUUUACAUGUUGCAGCUCCAGGCCUCAAAGCUGGUUAACCGGAAGAACAAAGCCAAACAGGACAAGAACAGUAAGCUACCACAGCAGGAUCUGAACCUGAACAUGUCUGUUGUAAAUGAGGAGAAUAUCUGUCUCAAGAUCGUGAAUGGCUACUUUACUUGGACUCAGGGAUGUCCCACUCUGACCAACAUUGACAUAAAAGUUCCUUUUGGUGCGUUGACUAUGAUUGUAGGGCAGGUAGGAUGUGGAAAAUCCUCCCUACUGUUAGCUGCUCUGGGGGAAAUGCAGAAGAUCUCAGGAAGUGUGACAUGGAACAAAUUACCAGAUCAGGAAGAGGAAGAGACUAACAGGUUGUCUGUUAAUCAUGUCCCUGGCCCAAAAGCACCCGAGAAGAGAGCUUCAGUGGCCUAUGCUUCCCAGAGGCCAUGGCUCCUCAAUGCCACAGUGGAGGAGAACAUCUUGUUCGACAUGGCCCCUAACAAGAAAAGGUAUGCAGAAGUGAUCGAAGCAUGCCAGCUCCAGCCUGAUAUCGACACACUUCCCCAAGGAGAUCAAACGGUGGUUGGAGAGAGGGGCAUUAUUCUUUCUGGUGGCCAGCGGCAGCGUAUCAGUGUAGCCAGAGCUCUUUAUCAGCAAUCUAAAGUGGUGUUCUUGGAUGACCCAUUCUCAGCCCUGGACAUCCACCUGAGUGACCACCUGAUGUUGGAGGGAAUUCUAAAGUUCCUCAGACAGGAGAAAAGGACGGUGGUGCUGGUCACACACAAACUGCAGUACUUACCACAUGCAGACUGGAUUAUAGCCAUGAAGGAUGGGACAGUCCAGACACAAGGCACCUUAAAGGACAUCCAGUGUGCCGAGCCUGAGCUGUUUGAACACUGGAAAACCCUGAUGAACAGAAAAGAUAAGGAGAACUCUGUGGAGCUGAAGAGGAAGAGUUUCAGGAGGAUGUACUCCAGAGACACACUUGCCACAGAGGAUGAGGAAGAAGACGGUUCCCUAUGUACAGAUGAGGACAGCCUGACAGCCGAGCUGCGUCAGAGGAACACAAUGCUAUGGGGCCCUUUGGGGACGUACCUGCGAACAGCUGGCCUCCUGCUGCUUCCGCUGCUCAUCCUGUCACAGCUCACCAAACACUCACUCAUGCUAGCGAUAGACUACUGGCUCGCCCACUGGACGUCUCAGGCCAUCACAGCUCGUACUGACAGUACAGAGAGGAACUGCACAUCUACACAGGACUGUGUGCUGAGUCAUUCUCUGUACCUGCAGGUGUUUUGUGUCUUGUGUUUUCUGGGUAUCGUGUUAUGUUUGAUCACCUCUGUGGCCGUGGAGUGGACGGGACUCCGGGUCGCUCAGGAGCUCCACUGCAGUCUUCUCCGUAUCAUCAUCCUCGCUCCGAUGAGGUUGUUUGAGACGACUCCUCUCGGGAAUAUUCUUAACCGAUUCUCUGGUGACAUCAACAUCAUCGAUCAGCACAUCCCGGGUACCAUGGAGUGUUUGAGCCGCUCAACUCUUCUGUGUGUGUCAGCGGUGGGCAUCAUAUCUUACAUCACCCCGGUCUUCCUCAUCGCUCUGCUCCCACUGGCUAUCAUCUGCUAUUUUAUUCAGAAGUACUUCCGGGUGGCAUCCAGGGAUCUGCAGCAGUUAGAGGACAGCACCCAGAUCCCCCUGCUGUCCCACUACUCAGUGACUAUAGAGGGUCUCACCACCAUCAGAGCCUUUAGACACGAACAAAGAUUUAAGAAGAGACUUUUGGAAUACACCGAUGCCAAUAACAUCGCCUCGCUCUUUCUCACAGCAGCCAAUCGCUGGCUCGAAGUUCGCAUGGAGUACAUCGGGGCGUUUGUAGUGCUGAUAGCAGCCGUGGCUUCAAUCAGCAGUGAGCUCUCAGCUGGACUAGUGGGUCUGGGCCUCACAUACGCUCUCAUGGUAUCGAACUACCUGAACUGGAUGGUGCGUAACCUGGCUGAUAUGGAAGUACAACUCGGCUGUGUGAAGAGGAUCAGCAGUCUGCUCAACACAGAGCCUGAGAACUACGAUGGAGAAAUGACUCCAGCCCAGGUUCCAGCAGGUUGGCCCAAAUAUGGCGAGAUCCAAAUAAAGAACCUGAGCGUGAGAUAUGAUAGCAGCCUAAAACCCGUCCUAAAGCGUGUCCAUGCUCACAUCAAACCUGGACAAAAGGUGGGGAUAUGUGGCCGAACAGGAAGUGGAAAGUCUUCCUUCUCCUUGGCUCUUUUUCGAAUGGUAGACACAUGCGAGGGUCGAAUUAUUAUUGAUGGGAUUGAUAUCGCUAAACUGCCCCUUCAAACCCUGCGCUCCAAAUUUUCUAUCAUUCUUCAGGACCCUAUUUUAUUCAGUGGAACAAUUCGAUUUAAUCUAGAUCCAGAGAGAAAGGCCACUGACCGGAUGCUGUGGGAAGCUCUGGAUAUCGCUCAGCUCACACCCGUGGUGGAAGCUUUACCUGGAGGACUAGACACCAUGGUGACAGAGGGAGGAGAAAACUUCAGCCAGGGGCAGCGGCAGCUCUUCUGUCUGGCCCGAGCGUUUGUGAGGAAGAGCAGCAUCCUCAUCAUGGAUGAAGCCACAGCGUCGAUCGACAUGGGCACUGAGAGCAUUCUACAAAAAGUCGUUAUGACUGCUUUUGCAGAUCGGACGGUCGUAAACAUUGCUCAUCGUGUGCACACCAUCCUGGGCUCAGACGUGGUCAUCGUGAUGAAGCGUGGAGCCAUUCUGGAAUACGACAGACCCGAUGUCCUCCUGGAGCAGAAAGACAGCGUUUUCUAUUCUUUCGUCAGAGCAGACAAGUGAGAACGACGACGACGAGGAGUGUGCGUGUCAUGAACGGGGCAGGACAAAGGGAUUUUGCUAUGAUCUGUAUAUAAAUUUCUAAAUGUAUAAUUACGAACAAAUAAUUUGAAACUUGGAACCAGUAACUGAACCUAUAACGUCUUUCAAACGGUUCUAACAUAAAGCCAGUUUCCUACAAAAAGUCUCCAUUAAAGAACUGUUUAACCAUUACUCCACGGUUACUGUUGAUGUCGGUACAAAUUGCUAGUAGAAAUGAUGCAAACACCACAGGAAUUAGUGACAUUUUAAAUAUUUUAUUAGGGUAUAAUUUGCAGAGCUUAAAAUAUUAAAUCGCUUUUAACUUAAGUAUUAUUAAAAUACAUAAAAAUGAAAGCCAGAACUGUGUCCAGAAAAAAAAAGAAGCCAAAACUAAACCAAAAAUGGGGGAAAAAAAAAGAUAAUAAAUUAAAAUGAACAUCCAACCCUCUAAUGAGAGAACCUCUACCCAAGAGAACUCUCUGAACAGUGAUGAAGGGAGGACUUUAAAAUAUCUUUCUUUCUCUUUCAUGCUUACAUACACCUUUUAUUUCCCCCGUUCGAUCCGUCACUCAUUCACUCUGGAUAAUUUUCUCAAACAGUUAAAUACAUAAAGACUAGGUUUUACAUUCUUUUGCCACGUUUCCAUUUUGAAAGUGUCCUUACAAAGCGAGCCAGGGCGAUACCUCGAUUCUGAAACGAUUCCGAUCUAAUUGUCCCCCUCGGGCAUUUUUUUAAAUGAAACAUGGAGGGGAAAUCUGAUGUACCUUUAUAUGGGAUAUGGAACGAUCAAAUGUAGCAGACAAAAUGUCUUUGUCAUUGUGCUGCAUAAUGGAAAAGCACCACGAAGCGAGGCCUUCGGACUGGUGCUCUUUUUCCUAGAUGGAUCCAACAUGGCCGCCUGUGGUGCGCUCUGGUGCUGGAGGAGCGCUCAGGGGGCAUAAUGUAGAUUAUCUAGAUUAAUUAAUACUAGAUUAUCUAGUAUAUUAGAAAAGAAAAAAAAAAGAAAGAAAAAAAAACAAUGAAAAGAUGCAGCCAUUGUGUAAGACGCUGGGUUAAAGAGCAUCUUGGGUGGAAAGUAGUCAGACUUAAAGGAUUAUGGGUAAACAGUCUGGUCCUGAAGGUCUAAAUUUCACACUCGUUUUGCCUCCAAAACAAAAACAAAAACAAAAAACACCUUAUAUGAUUAAGAAGACUCUGUAGACGACCAGGACUACGGUUUAGUCUUCUUAAACUGUACAGAAAAACAGUGCCACUAGUAUCUUCCUCACAUCUUCUCGUUCUAACAUGGAUGUACAGAUGGUGCUAAUGUUAGGAGGAAGAGAGAAACCAAACCUAGUGUCCCAUAUUCCGAACCCAAACUCAUUAGUACAUGGGCAUGAGAAAGCCAAACCAACUGGAAAAAAAAAAACAACAAAAAAAGGGGGAAGAGGGUGAAAGUGUGAAUGCUUCCUGGUUAAAGGGCUCGCAGAACAGUACAACCUCUGGAAGGGUGGGAGUGGGGUGGGGUAUGGGGG